UGUGACGCACGUACGUCAAGCGGAAGUGUCGCGACUCUCCCCCGAUGCUCUCCCCCCUGGUUGUUGGUAAUGAAGGUGCAGUUGGAGAAACAACAAUGCCAGUGUCUAGUCUACCAGUUCGAGAUGUAUCCUUUCAGUUCUCUUUGCUCCAGCAGUAUUUGAUUCUUCUUAAAAAGUAUCCGAUACUCACUAAAUCUUUCACCAGUGGCAUCCUCUCAGCUUUAGGGAACCUGCUGUCCCAGUAUGUGGAGGCACGAAAAAAGGCCAAACGUGGAGCUCAGGUCAACGACAUCGAUGUGGCUGGAGCUGUACGAUAUGCCAUUUAUGGAUUAAUUAUCACAGGACCAAUAAGCCACGUCUUCUAUCAGCUGAUGGAGGUGUGGAUGCCCACCACAGACCGGUUUUGCAUCAUCAAACGACUGCUGCUGGAUCGGCUCAUUUUUGCCCCUGGCUUCCUGCUCCUUUUCUACUUUGUUAUGAACAUCCUGGAGGCCAAAGGUUGGGAUGAUUUUGAACAGAAGCUGAAAAGAAGUUACUGGUCUGCUCUGAAGAUGAACUGGAAAGUCUGGACCCCUUUCCAGUUCAUAAAUGUCAACUUUGUGCCUGUUCAGUUUCGAGUGCUGUUUGCCAACAUGAUAGCCCUGUUCUGGUAUGCCUACCUUGCAUCUGUGAGGAAAUGAGGCCAUGAGAAGUUUCCUGUUGGGGUUUUGACCAACUACUGAGGGAAUAUACCCAGCUUCCUAAAUGAAUUUUACACACAGUAACUCUUCAGAUUAACUUCUUACAACAGGUUUAAUCCACGUUGAUGUGGGACUGUAUGUAGAGACUAAAACAAACUUUUUACAAAACUGGAUUUACAUGAGAAUGGCCUGGUGACCUGUCCAGGGUCCAUGGUGAGUGAAACUGAGAAAGGCUCUGAUGAAACUUAAAAUCUAACAAGAACUGAAUGAUAUAAUUUGA